AUGUGUCCUUUCCUAUAUCGCCAUAAAAGUAACCGUGUCAUAGGUUAUGUGAAGUGCAGGAUCUACGAUCAGGACGGCCUGUUAACUAAUGACAACACUUUUCAAAAGACGUUGAAUGAACAAUUACUUGAUGACCAAAAUGUUGAAAACCUGGAUUUGGACUUCCCUGAGUUUAUUGGAAACCUAUUUGGUCUCUGUUCGGAUUCAUCAGCUAAAUCCUUUCUCAAUGGGAUCUUCAGGCACAUCAUUUCAUCAGAUGGACAUACAGCCAUCUUGACAUCCUCUUUUCUGGCCUGCUUGUUAUCUAUAGUAGGACAUCACCUUCAUCUACAGGUGUUGGUCGUAUUAGACAUUAUUACUGUCCAUUUCAAAGAAAUUAAACAUCAGGAUGCCAAGUCUAAUGUGCUAAAGGCUCUGCACUUUUUAACAACAUGGUGCCCAGUGGAAGUGACCGACAAACUACUGGAGGAGCCUCUACCCUACAGCAGUGACACUUGUCUGAUGUGGAAAUCCUUAGCAGCGAGUCCAGUAUCAACACCGAUUGUACUGCAGACGUUAAUUGAUUAUACUGAGCAGGGGAAUAUGCAAGAACAGGCAAUAUCAGCCAUGCGGGAAAUCAUCUCUGCAUUGAAUAAUCCUGAAUGGAUUCAUGAAACAUUUCCCCAACUCUACAGCACAGUCCUUAAAUUCCUUAUCAUGACUAUCGGGGACAAUUUUAAUGACGAUCAAGCAAGCAAAUUGUUGGUUGCGGCAAUGGACAUCUUAAGAAGGGCCCUUGAGCACUGUAAAGAUGGCGAUGCCAGGCAGUGUUUAGAGAACAGCUGCUUUCAGCAACCCAAGUGUCCAAAUAACUUCUACAAAGCAAUUUGCUUGUUUACAAGUUCAGAUAUAUACCACUUAAAGAGCUUCUUGAUUAUAUUAUUUGUGUUUCCAUUGCUGUAG